GACAUAUCACGUGGACAUUAACAACAACAUAACUUCAGGUCUGUUCGGGAGCAGGACUUUACAAGGAUGGACUGGUUCCACUGCAACAGAUGCUUUCGCAGGGAAGGGAAACAUUUUGCAGUCUCCAGCUGUGGUCAUAUUUGCUGUGAAAAGUGCAUCAAGCCAAAGCAAUGCAGUGUUUGUGGAACUGGCUGUAACUACUUACCAAUAUCGAAUCAGAUGAAACCACAAGAACAGGUCUAUUUCCGCGAUCCAAUGAAGCUCAUUCAGUCACGCAUGGAACACAUUUCACAGAUUGCCCAGUUCCAGCUCAAACAGAUGGACAGAGUUAUGACUUACCACAAAAAGAGAUCACUGGAGCUGGAGAGAAGGCUGAAAGAAGUCACAGAGGAGUGUUACAGGCUGAAGAAGGAGAAUACUGAACUUAAGAAACCACUUUCACAGUGGAGGGUAUCACCAGGAAAGUUUCAACGUAAUGGGACCCCUCAAAGGAUGUCCUUACCCAUUGCUGUUACAUCUCCGGUUACCUCUGGUCAACAAAGUGCAAGUCGUCAUGGAGCUGAAGAUACUCUGGAGAGAUUCCGAGAAAGGCAGACAAGAUACUCUAUGCAUACUCCACCAGGCUCUGUCACCUCAGUGUCCAGUCUCAGCUCUUUCCAUGAUCAAGGACUGAGGACUCCAACCACCGUCUCUGUGCACACGCCCACAAGGUCAGACCUCAUGACCCCAAUUUUCCAGUUCCAGUUUCAGCAUGGGUCAGCCCGGCCCUCUCCCAGACCAUAGAUGAAAUGACCAGACCCCUGGUAAAUACUAAACCAUGACUCAUGAUGAUACGGAUUAAAGACCUCAGCAUUUGU